AUGACGAUCGAGAAGCCUGUCGCCUUCUUUUAUGAUUUCGCGACGGACAAGCAGGUCGACCAAGUUCCAAAAUUCGAUGGCGCAGCUGUUCCCGCCAAAUGGCAGCAAAACGUCAACGAGCGACAGAAGAAAUGGCAAGAGAUGAAGACCGCUCGCGCUCAAGUCACCGAGUACAAGCCGAAAUACUCUGUCUGUGACCCCACCAAGCUCCGACGAAAGCGAAAGAGCGAGGCCCCAGAGGAGAACGUCAAGCGCUCUCGAACUGAAGACAACGAAGAGGACAAGGAAAACGUCGCCGGCGACUGCGAAGCUGACUUGGCCAUCACCAAAGUUGUCCACGAGGAGCUUGUCUACACUGAAGAGGAAACUCAACACGCUUUCUAA